UCGACUAUUAAAGAACGAGACUUAUCAUUCUUCCUCGUUGCAAAUCCAAUCAUGUCUAAGCCUCCUCCUAAACCGGCCAAGCCAGGCCAGGUCAAAGUGUUCCGGGCUAUGUUCACGUUUGACCCUCGAACCCCUGACGAGCUGUACUUCGAAGAGGGAGACAUACUGUACAUCUCUGACACGAGUGACAGUAAUUGGUGGAAGGGAACCUGCCGAGGACGGACCGGCCUCAUCCCAAGCAACUACGUGGCUGAGCAAGCAGAAUCCAUCGACAACCCGAUGCACGAGGCCGCCAAACGGGGUAAUCUGAGCUGGCUGCGAGAGUGUCUAGAUAACAAGGUGGGCAUCAACGGGCUGGACAAGGCCGGAAACACCGCCCUCUACUGGGGGUGCCACGGAGGACACAGAGAUGUGGUGGAGGUCUUGCUGAGCCAGGCCAAUGUGGAGCUGAAUCAGCAGAACAAGCUGGGAGACACUGCUCUCCACGCGGCCGCCUGGAAGGGCUACUCUGACAUCGUGGAGAUGCUCCUGAACAAGAACGCGAGGACGGACAUCUUGAACAACGAGAAGAAGCUGGCUCUGGAGAUGGCCACCAACGCCCAGUGUGCCUCCCUCCUCAAGAGGAAGCUGGGAGGCAACAUCACACGGACGUACAGCAACGCGGAGGAGUACCUGGACGACGAAGACUCGGACUGAGACGCAGGACCCAGCGCCGCAUAACAUCAACAACAACCUCCAUUGGGGCGGUGAAGAAUAACUAAAGGGGGGUGGGGGGGGGGGGGGGUACAUUCCAAAUAAAUCCUAUUUUAUCACCUGAGCAUGGGUCUCUGUUAAGAAUUGGAACAAGUUUGGGAAUGGCUAAUCAAAGUAAUAUAUUAUCGAUGACGUGUCCUUAUGUAGAUGGGGUGUGCUCGACCAUGCUUUCUGUAGAGGUAUUGGUUGGAGGAAGAGAGAGAAAGAGAGAGCCCUGACUAGCAGCUAUGGGGUGUGUCAUUGUUUAUUUUUUAAGGGGAUCGAUGGAACACUUCUUUUCACUACUUUGUCCGCUCAAAGUUGCGCUUUCUAAGAAUUCCUGCGGUUGUCAAGUGUGCGUCCACCCAUGAAUCUGAAGGUCUGGCAGAUUUAGGGAAAGCUCUGCUGUCUCUAGUAAUGUAUUGAUUGUGCAGAAGCUGCUAUCUAAAGGGACAUACAGCAUCUGGGGGAUUUGAACCUGCAACUUCUCACUCUGCAGUCACACGCUCGUCCUCUGUGCUAUACCCAUCCCCGUGACGGAUCAUAACCAUGUUCUGUUCCUGAUAUUAUGGGAGGCUUGCUAGCCGUGUGGUGGAGUCAUACUGACUGAUAAUGAGUACUGAUUCCCUUGUCUGUCCCCCCCCUUUGCCAUCGAGUGCUUUCUGCUUCCUCAAAUGUGCCUUGUGUGACCGCUCAGAUCACAGCCCGACCACCACGGUGUCUGUGGUCAUUGAGAGAGGAUCGGGCCCCUUUUUUCUAACGACACAUUUCCGUUUAUGUCUUCCACUCGUAUGCACACAAUACCGAUAGUAUGCCUUCAUGUGCAUCACAUGGGAUCUCCCUGGACUGUGCUGUCAGCUUCCUGCUGUUUAUAUCUAUGCAAUAAAAUGGAAGUGAUACGA